AUCAGCAUCGAUUAUAAUAAUCUACCAUGUUCUAAUAGAUUUUCAACAAGAUAGGGCAUGAAAGACUACAGUGUUCAACGUUCCAGACUUCAAAAGUUUCAGAUUUCAAACCAUGUUUAAUUCUCCACUUUAAUGUACUGUGCUCAAUUAAUGUUUGAGUGCACGUUUCUUAAUAGAGAAAACUUCAGUUCUUCUUAACUUAUAACAAGGCUGCAAUCAUUUACUAUGGUUCUUGAAAAGCGGGUAAUACUAGCCUUUAAUAUGCUGAACAACAACAAUAUUGUAGUGAAUAUGACAGAUCAUAUAGAAAGGCGAGCUGAAAGAUAAAACAUAAAGGGAAACACGGGCGUAGUUUGUUAAAGCCAAGGUUAUAAAUAGGUUAAGCAUCAAAUCAUUCAUUAUCUCCCCCCCACGUAGGCUAAACCGGUCAAUCGGCCAUUCGCUUUUGAUUGCAGUCUAGUUUUGUUUCCCAGGCUGCUAUGACGUCAGUCUGACUGUAGUACUGUAUGCACUGUGCAAGCGACUAAACCCAAAACAUUAAAAACUGAACUAACGGUUUACAAUCACCGGGAACAGGAACGGUCCAGCGCAAGGUGAAGAAAAAGGACACGGAAGAAAAUCAACGGCACCACGAGACUGGCGCAGCACUUAGCAAAAUUGAUUUUUUUUUUGGUCUUAGGAAAACGUAUGCAUGCUAGAGAGUUUCACUGUAGAGGGGCUGAUUGAAUAACCAUGGCAACAGUAGCAGCAGUAACAUCGAGCUGCUUAUAGCAAUAAACACUGAAACAUUGUCGCCGUGCAUCUGCAGACCCGUGCAAUAAAGAUUAUUACAGGUAAAGGAAAGAAAGAGAGAGAAAGUGGAAUAAGGGAAGAGGAUAGCUGAAAUUGUCGUACUGCAGCAGUGUGACAGGUGAUGCACUGGAAUAGAUCAUGUCUGAAGUACAGGGAACCGUGGAGUUUUCUGUGGAGUUACACAAGUUUCACAAUGUGGAUCUGUUUCAAAGAGGGUUCUACCAAGUGCGAGUUGGUUUGAAAAUAUCAUCACGUGUUCCACAUAGAUUAAUAACAACGAUACCAGGAAAUACAGGUGAAUCUAGCUCUACCUCUGCAUGUGUCCUUGACUGUACUGUGCUCAGCAAGAUAUUUCAGAUCUUGUACAGGAAUGAAGAAAUUGCGGUUAAUGACUCUAUGAACUUCAAGGUUCACUUGCUUCUGGAUGGUGAAAGAGUAGAAGAAGCACUGAGUGAAGUAGAUUUUCAACUCAAACUAGACCUGCACUUCACUGACAACGAACAGCAGUUGAAUGAUAUUUCUUCAGUCCCUCUCAUCAGCAGUCGGACACUUGGUCUGCACUUCCACCCACGGAGAGGCCUGCACCACCAUGUCCCGGUUAUGUUUGACUACUUCCACCUUUCUGUUAUAUCAGUCUCCAUCCACGCUUCACUGGUUGCCUUACAUCAACCAUUGAUCAGUUUUGCUCGUUCAGGAAAGAGCUCCUGGCUGGGAAAGGGCUCUCCAGAAAAUGGAACAGAUCAGUCUGCUAUGUCGUUAGAGAACCUCAUGUUUGGGGCUGGAUACUGCAAGCCUGUUAUAACAGAGGGCAGUUUUUAUGUUGCCUCAGAAAACUGCAUGCAGCGUGCACACACGUGGCACAGGAGACUUUGUCGUCUUCUGCUCUCUGCACACAGAGGUCUACGCACCUACUUCAUCGGCCUAAUGAAAGAAAUACCUGACCUGCCUCAAGUGGAAAUAGAAGAGCUCCCCAUAGAGGAAACCUUAACUCAGCUUUCCAUUGAACUGCAGGUACAGAACAGUCAUGAUAAAGUAGCUGAGCAGAUCAGCAGAGAUUUAACCCAGCUCUGUUCCCACCUCACGGCUCUCUGGAGCCAGUUUCUUGAAACCGUAGUUCCUCAGGCAGAAGUUAUGUCUUACUUGGCUCAGGACCACCACACAUUAAGGGUCAGAAGAUUUUCAGAGGCAUACUUUUUUACAGAGCAUCCCAAAACUACAUCUCUAACAUUUCAAGAAGAACUCAUCCAGAGACACAGCCAGAUUGCUUCAGAGGUGAGAGGAUCAGAGUACCUCACAAGGAUGCCCCCUUUACCAGUGGAAUGUCUAGAUAUAGAUGGGGAUUGGAAUACUCUUCCCAUUAUUUUUGAAGACAGAUAUGUAGACCUUCCCAGAGCAGAUCAUAGUUUGGACAGUGUCACAUUGUCCUCACCACAUGUGCCAACUUCUGAUGGAAAUGCAGAGAAGGCAUCUUCAGAUAUUGACGCCUCUCCAGCUGCUGCUAUCACUGCAUGCUUAACAGCAGAACAUGCUUCUGAAACACCAGCAAUAAAUGAAAACCUUUCCAACAGUGAAGGGUCUAAAGAGGUGCCAACUUAUGUUUCAAGGAUAGGUGAACUCCAGGAAAGCAAUAAUAACGUCAAGAAGACUCAUCCCUCACAAGAUUACUCAAGUGAUUUUGAGCUGAAGAAAGCAGAUCAUAUGGAGCUUUUGUUUAACAAAACAGAAGAAAAGUCUAACACAGGUCUGAAGUAUAUUGAGGUUAGGCCUAGUGAUAUAGACCCUUAUAGGGGAGAUGCAGUCAUUGUAGUAACAUCAAAUGCAAUUGCAGAUACCUGUAACACCUCGGAUCACAUUCCUGAAUGUGAAAGAGAACCCGAUAGCAAAGUUUUUAUUAAUAUUGAUCAAAAUGACACAGUUGAGACUGAUGUAAAUGCAUCUCAAUUAAACAUUUUAGAUAAUAUGAAUAUGAAAGAAACAAUGCAGCAUCCUGAGUUUAAAGCUUAUGGGAAUGAAGACAUGCUGUUAACCAGUUUGUCUAUCACAGAUUACCCAGCUUCAGAGCAUAGUAGGUCUCCAACUGUGUCCAGUGAAUGUGACACAAGCAAAGAAGAUGUAAACAAAGCAGGAAAGAUACACUGUGGCAGCAACUUAAAAGUCAUGAAGAGAUCUUCAUCUGUUAUUUCGGAUUCAGGGAUUGAGAGUGAACCUAGCUCCGUAGCGUGGCCAGACGUCCGCAUCAGACCACAGGAUUUCUCCAAUGACCGGGAUAUUUUGCAACAUUUGGUGAGGAGGCAUGCUAUGCAUCGCAACUCUUUGGAAGGCUGCCAGACCGAGAGUAAUGCAAGCUUACCAAGUGGAAUACAGGCCUCUUUAACCUCCAUAAGUUCAUUGCCUUAUGAGGAAGAGGAACAGGAGAUAGAGCUCAGUAAACUGACAAAGUCAGUCUCUGCUCCACAGAUCAGUAGUCCAGAGGAAGCUGAUGAGGAUCAAGAAGCUGCUGAACAUCUUCUUGACACAGAAAGUGACAUAACAAGUGGCUAUGACCCAGAAUGUUAUGCUGCUGUGGGUGCAAAUGCAGUCAGACAAUUUGAUCAUCCAACUGGAACUCAUUCUUCUCUAGAGGAUAUUCUAGAAGGUGACAUAACAGAAUGUGCAGUAUUUAAAUGGAAGACCUGUACUGAUAAAAAGGAGAUUAUACCCUAUGUGGAAAGCUAUGAGUACUCAAAGGAAACUCAGAGACCUGCUGAUCUAGAAUUAGAUAAGAACAAAUUGAACCCUCAAGAAGCUGAAUCAGUAUUAAGUGGUGUACCAGAGGUAAUGCUGUUUCAAAAAUUUGUUGAUGAUGCAGAUGAAGUUAAAAAAACAGUUGUUUCUGAACCAAUUGAGAGUAAAGGAAACUGCAAAAAUGGUAGUGUGUCAACAUCUGAAGAUAUACUGAUAUAUAGCCAAGAGCUACCACAUCACAAUAAUGAAACUCAUCUGCUGGAACAAAAAGAAUGUCUUAUGAAUGAGACUCGAACAUCCAUUAGCACCAGGGACAAAGACCCAGCCAGUGAUGUCGAACCAAUAUUCCAUCACAUUGAAUUGAAUGAACAUGAUACAAUGAUGCAAGUGGAUCAAGAUCAAGUGCUUGAGCAAAAUAAGAGCCAAAAUGAAAUCCAAGGAACUGAUAAAGACAAUGUUAACUGCAGUGGUGGUGAGAAUGAUGACUAUGAGCACCAGCUUUUUGCUAGUCAAGGAAAAACUUCAAAAAUCCCAAGUUCAGGGUUAGCAUUUGUGAACAGAAAAGUUGUUGAAGUAGUUAACUUGUCAGUGUCCUGUGCCCCUACAUGCCUGCCGUUUUCAUCCGUGCUCAGAGAUUCACCAUCUGUCAGUGGUAUUUCAAUGAGGCAAACAGCAUCACCCAUCACCAGACAACCCCUUGGAUCCUUUGGUGUAAUAUCUUCCAGUUCUUUCAGUUCAGAUGAAGAAACCAAUGAGAGAAUGAUACAUUUCUACAAAGCCAAAGAUGACUUGCUGAAUGAGCUGAACUUUCAGGGCACUAUGUACAGUGAUUUGCCCCAGUUGGCCUCCGAGGUGCCAUAUUUCCCACCUGAGGAAGAGGAUGAAGAGUUUGAGGAUGGAAUUCACUUAGUGGUCUGUGUCCAUGGAUUAGACGGAAACAGUGCAGAUCUACGCCUGGUGAAGACAUUUAUUGAGCUAGGUCUUCCUGGAUCCAGACUGGACUUUUUAAUGUCAGAAAGAAACCAGGCAGAUACAUUUGCUGAUUUUGACACAAUGACAGACAGGCUAUUGGAUGAGAUCAUUCAGCACAUUCAGCUCUAUAACCUUACCAUAGCCAGGAUAAGUUUCAUUGGACACUCCCUGGGCAAUGUCAUAAUCCGGUCAGUGCUGACUCGUCCCCGGUUUCGAUAUUACCUCAGUAAGCUUCACACAUUCCUCUCCUUGUCUGGCCCCCACCUAGGAACUCUCUAUAACAACAGCACUUUGGUCAGCACAGGACUAUGGCUAAUGCAGAAACUGAAAAAAUCUGGAUCACUUUUACAACUGACAUUCACUGGUAAAUGUUAUCCAGCACAACAUACCUUGGAUAAACAACAUGAAAGAAAAUUCAAUGAUAAAUUUUAAGACUUAUUUUCUUCUUUUUAAGGUCCAGUAUAUACAGAGAUGAUAAAUAAUCUACUUCAGCCCUUGUUGGACGCCAAGGACUGUACACUGAUACGUCAGAAUGUAUUCCAUGCUCUGCCAAAUACCGCCAAUACUUUGAUUGGACGGGCUGCUCACAUUGCUGUAUUAGAUUCUGAGCUUUUCUUGGAGAAAUUUUUCUUGGUCGCUGGACUUAAUUAUUUCAAAUAGGAUUUUUCUCAGUUAUAAUCAUCCAGUUUAUAUCCCAAAUUAACUCGUCCAGAAAUGGACUGUCUCCAAGAGUCUGUACAUAGUCAUAAUACAUUUAUAAAAAUUAGCUUUAAAGCAAUCAUUUUCAUGCACAUACUGUAAAAAAAAUUAUGUAAGUUAUAAUAGAUGAGAAAAUAUCCUUAUCUUGUUGUCUUCGUAACUUUGUAUGGUACAGUAAGAAAGAACAUUGAAAAUAAAAUUACAGUUUUACAUUUUUUAAUUAAAGUUUUCCCCUUUGAUAGGCAUUUUGCAACCAAUCUGAUUUAUAUGUAUUACAGUAUUGAUAUUUCAAGACUUUAAUUAAAAUAAUUCAAGUUAUUUAAUAUCAAGUACAUACUAUAAAAUAUAUUAUUCUUAUUGAACCUUCAUUCUUCUCAAUACCAAUUUACUGUACUUGAUUCUUUAAGAAAACCGGGAUGUCUCUUACAGUUAAUUUUUGGAGUACCUGAAUAUUCGCUACAAUUAUUUCACAAGUAACAUUAGAUUAAUAUUAGGGUAGAAUAUACAUAGAACUAUUUGAUUUGGCAUUUUAUUAAAACUACUUGUACUGUAUAACUAAUAAUAAUACAAAAAAAUGGUGGAGAUCAUAAUUUAAAACUAAUAAGAAUAAAAUGGUGGGUAAUGUAGCAGAAUUUUACAGUGGAAUGUUUUAUGAACUAGUGGACAUUUAUUAAUGAACACCAUCUUUUGUUAGCUCUUUAAUCUUUAUAACUCAUAAACAUAUGUAUGUACUUUAUUUAGAAUCCUAUAUAUUACACAACAUUUCAUUAUGUAGUAUAAUAAUGACAUAAUCAAGCCAAAUCAUAAAUGGAAGUAUUAUACUCAUAAAAAGCGAUACUUUCUAAUUUCAUGUACAUCUAUUACAAUACAUGUGAGAUGCAUUAGUAUAUUUACUUACAAUAACCCUUAAAUGCCUUAAACUUUUAAAAGGCUAAAGAGUUCAGAUUUGUGGAAAAUAUUGAUUGAGGGUACUAUUGCUUUAAAAUAUUUGUGGGUACUUUACCUACAGUUUUAUAGCUCACACCAUGGGCAUGAAAGAACACUGAUAUUAAUUGCUAAAAAAAAUAAAACAAGAAGAUCAAAAAUGAUUGCAAGCUAUUAUUUCAUUUUCUAUUGCCUGACAGGUAUGUGACAGAAAAAAGCUCCCUCAGUGUGGAAGCUUCAUAUAUUUUAGCAACUGUUUUGUUUUGUUUUACUUAGAAGCACACAUGGUAACCAAUAUCAUGCAAUAUCAUAAUUUCAUAAUGUUCUGUAUAUUCCUGUGUCUCUUUUUUAGGUUAGAUAAAACACCAUUUAAAAAAUAACAGUCACAAUUGUUAUUCCUGACGUUUGAGUUGAUCUUAAUAUUGUCAUCUAGAUUUUCUAUUUGUUGUCUCAAAGCAACUUUGUUGACAUUAAAUAGUGUAAAUUUUGAAUGCAUAUCAGUAAAACUAAAAAAAAGAAACAAGCUAAAGUUAACUUUAUGAGAAUAUUUUUAGCAUUUUUGUUUUAUCUCUCAAAAUGGGCUACUCUGGAAAAUGAACAUCAAAAAGGCUUUAUGAAAUGUAUUAUGAUGGCUAAUAAGAUAACAUUAAGAAAAUAAAUUAACAGAGCAUUGCACUUCAGUAAAUGGAUUCCACUAGAGACUGCUGUUAAAAUUAGUCCAGGUAUUUUCAUUUCCUUUUGCCAAAUAAUGUUUACAUUUUGAUAAUACACAUUUUUCAAUACAAGGAGUUAAUAAUUUCAUCUUAUAAUUAUAAAAUAUACAUUUUAUGUAAAAUAAAAGAAUAAAUUGUUAAAGCCUUUUUUUCUUGAUACCAAGAGAAGUAGACACAUUAAUAAACUUUGACAGUAUGACACAAAUUGUUACUUACAGUAAGUGGAUGAAUGUGGUCCAUCUCUAUCCAUCUUUUCAUUGCUUUAUUUAUGCUUUUACAUUUUUAACCAUAUUCAGUAUUGUAUUGUUGUUUAACCCGUUUUUCAUGUUUAAUGAAAAAAAAGACCUCUUCCCAAGUAUAGAAUUAACUUUAAUUUCCAUAUUAAAUCACUAUCCAAGAGCUUUGUACUGUACAUUCUCUAAUGAACUGAUGCAUAAUUUAAACAUGUUAAUGUUUACUGUCCGGAGAUCCAGGCAAAAACAAAAUCUUCCGAAACACCUACGAAAUCAUUCCAGAAAUGUUCCAAUUUAGACUUCAAUUAAUCCAGAACUUUCUUUUAAACUGGUGCUUUGAGACUGAGACAGAGUGCACAGUUAUUUUGUGAUAACUUAUUGUUGUAACUCUCUGAUCAAACCAAAAUGUCUCACGCACUGUUUUCUUGCCUUUUCUUGUUAGUUUGUUAAAAUUCUUCCACACCUCUGUGCUUUCUUCCUAUAUUACAUCCUGUACUGUGUGCACACAAAUCUGCCGUGCAUGCUUACAAAUACAACACAUGCUGUUGGUUCCAGUACUCAUUAAUACCACUAAGUAUGCUAUGCUGAAGAGCAGCUAACAAAUGAAGAAUUGGACUGACAUUUCUCACUUUAAUUAAAUAGUUUUCUAAAACAAAUGUUCAAGGAAAAAGACAAACCACAGAAUUAUGCCCAGUUAAUUAUAAAAUGUGUAAAAGUGUCUAUCCCCAGCAUUCUUCACUUCAUAUUCCUUUCCCCCAUUUCUUCACUACCUUUUCAGGUUGGUCUUGGCUCAUUCUAGUGGGUUCUGAGUGGGAGUUCCACUACUAUCAUCCUUAAAGUUGUGCUGUUCUUCCCUCAGUAAGCAGAUCAAAACAAAAACAAUAAUACACAGUCCUUAGCCACAGAUUUACUCCAUAUUUGGGGGUCUAUCCGAAGCUUCUGAAUCAUAUUUCAGAAGUUACAACAAAACCUGCCAUUUCUCACAUUAUUUUGCUAAAAUUGUUUAAACUUUAUUUCAGGUGACAUUCCUGAAAACAUACUGUAUGUUAAGGUGACAUUUGAAUGUACUCUUCCUAUUUAGAUUCUUCUUCGUGUUUGGACCAACAUUGCUUUGUAAAUUAUGUGUCAUUGUGAUUGACUUGAACGGCUUCCUUUAGGUGCUUGUAUUGGACUCUGUUAUCUUUACUGUACUGUAUGUAAGAAAUUUCUGAAUUUCAACUGGAAUGCCUCAUCAAUCAUGAGACUUUUUAAAGCUGUAAAAAAGUUUAAGGUGUAUUUUUGUUCUGUUAAAGAACAAAUGCUAGCCUUUCUGUAAAUUAUAUUGUUUAGCCCGAAGUAAUUAAAAUAAUUUUUCAUUAAAUUAUAGAAGCUUUACAAUGAGAAGCAUAGUAUCAGGCAAAAAUAUUUAAUAUAUCAACAAAUCACAAUAAAUGGGCAAGAGUAACUAGGAGAUAGAAAAUAGAUGUUUUUGAAGAAUCAUGUUUGCAUCUGUAUAUUGUCAUUAUGUAAAAUGUUUGCAAAGAUGUGUUAACAUUAUGGUUCAGAAACAUUAAAUAUAUUUCUUAACACAACAUACCCAGAUACAUUUGUUCUGACUUUUUUACUGUAAGAUAUGACAUCAACUGAAAAAGUCAAAAAUAAAUACAAGGUAUUUUAAAGUUCAUAAUGAUCAGGAACACUUACUUUAAAAAAUGUCUUUCAAAUCAAGAAAGUACUAAAUUUUUUAAAACUCUUUUUGAAUAUUUGGUUCAUUGUAAUCUUUAAACUAUAAAACUAACAGCUCAUACAUACUGUAUCAUUAUUUACAUUGCACAGCGUUGAAAAUAUUGAUUGGGAUAUGAUGUUGAAAAAUUAAAGAAUAAUAAUUGACUAGAAAUGCCAUAUCACUUUGUCAGCUACUGUAUCUCUCAACAAGUAACAAGUUCUAUAUUUAAGCAAAGGAACACUAUUAGAGAAACUGGUAGAAGUCAGAGGCUUUCUGAUAAUGGAUGGAUUUAACAAUAGGCUUAAACAGUCUUAAAAGAAUCUGAAUUGAAGAAAGUUUCAAACUAUGCCUUUGCUCUUUUCAACCUUAAAAGUCUCACUUUCAAUAUAGCAUUAUUUUAAUUAGAUCCUGAAAUCGAAACCUGUUUUAUUUAAACUAAUAUCCAAUGAUGUCAUCAUUCUCAUUAUAAUAUCUUCUCCACAAUUGCCAGCUUUCAAUAUGGAUUUCUGUAAGUUCCUUAUAUAAGUACCUGUAUUUUAUUUGUUCUAUUGUUAUUAUGUUGUUUUUCAUCAGAGGUGUACUUAUUACUACCCAGGCAGCUUGAAUUGUUAUAAAACAAUGGUUUGUAACGUGAAUCCUUAUCAUUAUUGUAUUAUCAUUUGUCUGCUAUUAUCUGGUUCAUAUUUCACACAAUUCCUCCUGUAAAUUGAGUAAUGAAUGUAAAAAAGUGAAUUCACUGUGAGAUCGUAACAUGUAUUAAUUAAUUUAUUUACUUAUUUUGUUUAACAGAUAUUAUCUAUAUUAACAAAAGAUCAUCUGUGCCAAUAUGAUUCUACUAUUUUUCUAUGUAUGCUUAUGUGCUUUGCUGUGGCUUGUGU